GCAAAGAACAAAUUCUUUGAGGCCAGGAGUACAUUUCUUGGUACCUUUCCUGACACGCACACUCGGCCAUCUUCCUUACAUUGGUGAGCCGGCCUGUUCUCAAUAACAGUCGCAAUGGCCAAGGAAGUGGACUACACGAUCAAGCCGGAGGCUACGGCCUCCAAUAUUAACACAGAAGACUGGCCGCUUCUGCUCAAAAACUACGACAAGCUGAUGGUCAGGACUGGUCAUUUCACGCCCAUUCCUGCUGGUUCCUCUCCCCUCAAGCGAGACCUCAAGUCGUACAUUAAUUCUGGAGUGAUCAACCUCGACAAACCCUCGAACCCUUCUAGUCACGAGGUUGUUGCCUGGAUGAAGAGAAUUCUCAGGGCAGAAAAGACUGGUCAUAGCGGUACUCUUGAUCCCAAAGUUACCGGUUGCCUGAUCGUUUGCAUUGAUCGUGCUACUCGUUUGGUCAAGUCUCAACAAGGUGCCGGAAAGGAGUACGUCUGUGUUAUCCGUCUCCAUGAUAAAAUACCCGGUGGUGAAGCUCAAUUCAAGCGGGCUCUCGAAACUCUCACAGGUGCUCUUUUCCAACGUCCACCCCUGAUUUCAGCGGUCAAGCGUCAGCUUCGUAUCCGAACAAUUCAUGAGAGCAAACUUUAUGAGUUCGACAAUGAGCGGCACCUUGGUGUGUUCUGGGUCAGCUGUGAAGCUGGUACAUAUAUCCGUACACUCUGUGUCCACCUCGGUCUUCUUCUCGGUGUUGGCGCACACAUGCAGGAACUGAGACGUGUGCGAAGUGGAGCUAUGAGUGAAAACGAGGGUAUGGUUACGCUGCAUGACGUUCUCGAUGCGCAGUGGCUAUAUGACAAUCAGCGGGAUGAGAGCUAUCUGCGCAAGGUUAUUAAGCCCUUGGAGUCUCUGCUCACAACCUACAAACGUAUCGUGGUCAAGGACAGCGCCGUCAAUGCUGUCUGCUACGGUGCCAAGCUCAUGAUUCCUGGUCUUCUUCGCUUCGAGGCUGGUAUCGAGCUUGGUGAAGAAGUCGUGCUCAUGACCACCAAGGGUGAAGCUAUCGCAAUUGGUAUCGCUCAGAUGUCUACCGUGGAACUUUCCACUUGUGACCACGGUGUUGUUGCCAAAGUCAAGCGCUGUAUUAUGGAGCGCGAUUUGUACCCUCGCCGGUGGGGACUGGGCCCCGUGGCGCUGGAAAAGAAGAAGCUCAAAUCCUCUGGAAAGCUCGACAAAUACGGACGAGCCAACGAAGCCACCCCAGCCAAAUGGAAGUCCGAAUACAAGGACUACAGCGCACCGGAUGGAGACUCAUCGCAGCAAGCAGUCGAUGUGGUUGCAAAGGAAGAGGCCUCACCUAAAGAAGAGCCCUCUCUAGAGGCAAAUGAAUCUAAGAUGGACAUUGACGACGCCCAGGAUGACGAAGACAAGAAGAAGCGCAAGCGACAUGAAGGCGAGACUCCUGAAGAGCGUGCUGAGCGUAAGCGCAAGAAGAAGGAGAAGAAGGAGAAGAAGGAGCGAAGGAAGUCCAAGCAGGAGAAGGACGACAGCGAUGAUAGUGAUUAGAUCAUUUUCAGGAAGUCGCUUGCCAACUUGUGGCCGUUGGCGUCUCCUCGGGCAAGUUUCCUGUAGUAUAUUUGUUGCUUUAUUGGAGUCUUUUGGGUCGAAAAGGGAAUGAGUUCUAAUUUGUUUUGAUUUUCUACACGUUUCAUUGUUUGAUGUCACGCAGCUUGUUCUGAGACAUGAACCAUGGUCUAUUUUAGGACAAAUAUCCAACUAAGCAAAUUUCUGAGAUUAACGAAAUC